AUGGCCGCCCUCGCCGUCCGAGCUGCGAGUGAUUCCUGUCCGGCGAAUACCCAGUGGUAUGUGUGUGCGAAGGGAGGGUAUAGUGGAUGUUGCUCGGUUGAUCCAUGUACUUCGGGGGUUUGUGCGGAUGAUAGCAGCGGCGGCGGCGGCAGCAGCAGUAGUCGCAGUGAACCCGCCACCAGCAAGAUAUCCUCAACCUCAUCGAAGAGCACCGUUGUCGAAGUCAAGACCAAGACCACCUCGACAUCACCAUCAUCCCGCUCGACCACAUCAGCCACCACCACCACCACCACCACAGUCCCAACGGCUACGCGCCCUACUACUACAGCCAAUACAGCAACAACCACAUCCACACCCAUACUCCCAGCAACCACACACCACAAACCCAACCGAAUCAACCAAGCCCUCAUCGCCGGCGUCGUAGGCGGCAUCCUCGCCCUCCUCAUCCUCGCCGCCUUGGUGCUGUACUCGAUCUACCGGGCCAAAAAACGCCGACGCGGCCAGUUCCGGCUCCUCCACUGGCGCCACCCUGGGACUUUGGGGUCGGGGUCGACGGCGAAAGUAAAGCGGUUAAUCGGGGGCGAGGAGAGUGGGACGGAGAUGGUGGAGACGAAGGGUUCGCUUCUCUUUUGCCCCUUCUUUCUUGAGGCUGAAGACUUAAAUGGAGAGAAAGUAGCUAAUUCGGGCACAGACUCGCACCUACACGCGCCGGCGCAAGCACGGCCACCUGAUAUUACGAUCACAGUGCCAGCGCCAGCACCAGCGACACUAGCACCUGCACCAGCACCAGCAAUACCACGACCACCAGCAUCAGCAACCCUAAAAACCCCACCCCCAAACCGCACCCAAACUCGAACUCCAACCCCACCCCCACAAAUAAAGCCUUAUGUCACCCCUCCCCGCCAAAAAGCCCCCGACCUAGCGUCUCCCUCUCCCUCCCCCUCCCCGCAAAUCCAAAUCUCCCCGCUCAACGACCGAGACCGCCACCUCGCGAUGCGCUCGAGCAACCCCGAAAGCGUAAGCCCGCUCGUCUCGCCGGAGACCACGCCUACCAAGAAACCUCCCCCUGCGCCGGGGCGGAUGCGGGGUCAUCAUGUUAAUGGGAAUGUUCAUGUUAAUGUGAAGCCUCCUGUGCCGAUGAGGGGGGGGGGGGGGGGGGGGACUUUGGGGGGUGCUGUUGCUCCUGCCUCUGCUGUUGCUGCGGCUGCUGGUGGUGGUACUGCUACCGCUGGUACUCGGACUUCACGCACAGAAAGAAGAAGGGCAGCAGCCACAGCGGCCGAAUUAUCGGAUACGGGAUUCUAUCGGCAGCGAGCGGAGUUGCCGGCGCGGAUGGAGAGGGAAUUGAUUAAUGUUCCCUGGCGGGGGAGGCGGUGGGAGGAGGGGGGUGAGGAGGGGGAUAGGGAUGGGGCGAGGGAGAGGAGGAUUAUUACGGCGGAUGGGGCGGUGAUGGUUGCUAGUGUUCUGACGGUGGGUGGGGAUGAGGUUUUUGACUGA